AUGGACGAAUUUAAUUACUUACAGUUUCUUAAUGAUGAUAGUGAGCUCCUUGAGGCUGAAGAAGUACUUUUAGGGGAGUUUCCGACAUUCAGUGUCCAGUUUGACGAAUAUUUUGAUAAGUUUUCCUCUACAUCCGCUCCGGAUGCGUGCGAUCCCGAGUCCAGCAACAAAGAGACAAAUCCAGAGCCAACUCAGAAAGUACAAAAUGUAGAUUCUACCAGGUUCCCUGAAAUCUCAAGCGAAGAAAUUGAAGAGCUCAAGGCUGUUGCCGUCAACAAAAAUACCUCCCGCUCGACAAAACAGUGGAUGAAUGUAUUCAAAAGUUGGUGUCAAUCUCGUCAUCUAGAAAAUGUAAACAUAGAAACAAUGGCGCCGGAAGAGCUUGACAACAUCCUGAGCAAGUUCUAUGCCGAAGUAAAAAAAAGGGACGGAGAUGAUUACGAGCCGGAAUGCCUUAAAAUCAUGCAGAGUGCCAUUGAAAGGUAUUUAAAGGAGAAGAAUUAUCCACUGAGCAUCGUACGAUCGAGGGAGUUUCACAACUCACAAGAAAUCCUCCACGCGAAGGCAAUUUCUCUGCGACAGCAAGGAAAGGGGAAAAGACCAAGCAAAUCUCAGCCUCUCACUUCGCAGGAAGAGUCUUCUCUCUGGCUAAAAGGUCAGCUUGGUGAUUUUAACGGAAAAGUCUUGACCAAUGUUAACUUCAAAAACUUGACUGAGCAACUUGGAUUUAGAGGUCGCCAGGAGCACUAUGACGCCUACGUAGAGGACUUCGUUAUAAGACAACAAGAAGACGGCAGCGAAGUUGUAGAAUUCCGUGAAGGUCCCACUAAAACACGAAGCGGUGGUCUAACAAUAUCGCGAAGAACAACACCACAAGCUAUGUAUUUCACCGAUGGCGGAAAAACUGAUCCAGUGCGCCUUUUCAAGCUUUGGUUAUCCAAGCGACCCGACGGAAUGAAAGAUAAAGGGCCACUGUACCUGAGCGUUAUAAAUCGUCCCAAAUCAAAUGAUAUCUGGUACACCAAAAUUAGAAUGGGCGAAAAUACCAUCGGCAACAUCAUGAAAUCCAUGGCCUCCUGUCUUAAGACGAACAAAAAACUGACCAACCACAGCAUGAGAAAAACGUUGGUGUCCAAAUUGAAAAAGUCUGGUCAGCCGCGCAACGUUAUUUGUGAAAUAACAGGCCAUGCACGUGAAUCUUCGUUGGACGACUACGACGAAAUAGACGAGAAUCAACGGAAAGAACUGUCUCACAUAAUUAGCGGAUUUAAAGUAGUGCCAAAUGAAAACGGUCCUAACGACGUUUCCCAUCAAAACAGUACAGCUGCAAAGGCACCAACAAUUCAAAACACAGUCCAACAUCCAGUCCUACACCAACGAGCACCACUGGUUCCUAUUAAUCGCUCCCAACAGCAAGGUCAAAUGCACCAGGCCAUGGAAUUCCUGAAUCCUGAUUUUCAGGCUGCUGGUUUUGCAGGAUUUCCGCCAAGUUGUCCCUCACAGUUUCAGUAGGGAACUUAAGCACCAGACGUUUUUCGGGCGACGGCGACGUCUACAAACGAGCGAGCCUGGGUAAGAGGGCGCCGUCGUUCCCGCCAAAAUCCAAACUUAAGCAAAGAAGUAUUUUUGCGACGGCAACCCAUUCGAAACCUGUCUCGAAAGCUUGAAAAAAACCUGUGAAAAUGUCUUUUCGUGAAACAAGAGAGAUGCUGUUACUAGCGUAUGAUAGUAAAAUAAUUUCUGAUGAAGAAUUCUUGGUCUUGUGGGAGAGCUACCGUUGCAAGAACCCUGAUUUUCCGUACAGUUCGUAUGCAAGAUUUGAUCUUGAAAACGUUGACGAAAGCGAGUGUUUGGCAGAGUUCAGAGUCCAAAAACAAGACAUCCCUUUGCUGGCAAACGUUCUUCAACUACCAAUGAACAUCCAUUGUCCACAAAGAACAAUCUGUGAUAGAAUUGAAGGUUUAUGCAUGCUACUGAGAAGGUUUUCUUACCCUUGCCGCUAUUCAGAUAUGAUCAGCCGGUUUGGAAGACCAGUUCCAGAGUUAUGCAUGAUUACGAACGAAGUCAUGGACAACAUUUUCAACAAUCACAGCCACAGAAUAUCUCAAUGGAAUGACGAUAUUUUGAACCCUCAGUUGUUACAGGAGUAUGCUGAUGUCAUACAUGCAAAAGGCGCCCCACUAGAAAAUUGUUUGGAUUCAUAGAUGGGACAGUGAGACCGAUCGCUCGUCCAGAUCAACAGCAAAGAAUUGUGUAUAACGGUCACAAACGUGUUCACUCAUUAAAAUUCCAGUCUGUUGCACUACCAAAUGGGCUCAUUGGGAAUAUGUAUGGCCCUGUUGGUAUGUUAGUCAUCUACAUUAUUUUUUAUUACAAAGAUUUUUUCACAAUAUAGUAGGCUGCUUUUUGGUAGAGAGAGGGUCUGUGUUGCCUUGUUUCUUUGUUUAUUCACACUUUUGUCAGUAAGUGCCCACUAAUAACAAUAACAAUAACAAUAACAAUAAUAAUAAUAAUAAUUUUUUUUUAUAAAAUAUAAAACUUUAUUAAAACUUCACAAUAAUUACAAAAGAUUAAAAAGGCUAAAAGAUGAAUAAUAAUAAUAAUAAUAAUAAUAAAUAAUGAUAAUGUAAUAAUUUUAUUGGGCUCACUAAUAAUAAUAACAGCACACAUUCUCAGGAAGAUUCUGUUGUAGAAGGGCAUGAAACAAACAAGGACUGAAUGCACUUGCUGAGACGGUCCUGUGACAUUUGGUGACCCUAGACCCCUGUUGGGGUCUGAUCUAUUUCCAGCCAAGUACCCCAACUGUGAAUAAAGUUGUGGUGUGCCAUAAGAAUAAUAAUCAUCAUUAUUAUUAACUUAUGAUUAUGAUAAUUGUCAUUAUUGUUCUUGCUUGCAGAGGGUAAAAAGCAUGAUGCUAGUAUGCUGGUGGACUCCAACCUUCUUCAUGAGCUCGAGCAAAAUGCAUUUUCCCCACUGGAGAGCCUAUGUGUGUGUUUGGCGACCCUGCUUACCCUUUACGUGUGCACCUUCAGGCACCAUUUCGUCAUGGUAUACUAACCCCAGCGAUGGAAGCAUAUAAUGCAGAGAUGAGUUCUGUCAGAGUGACUGUCGAGUGGCUCUUUGGCGAUGUUAUUAAUGAUUUUAAAUUCUUGGACUUCAAAAAGAAUUUAAAAAUUGGCAUGAGCAGUGUUGGAAAAAUGUACCUAGUCUGUGCUAUUCUUAACAAUGCAAUAACCUGCUUAUAUGGAAACAGCACCUCGGAGUUUUUUUUUGGCUAAACCCUCCUUCCUUACAGGACUACUUCACAUAAAUCAAAUGUAUUGAAUGAAUUUAUUUCAGUGAAAGUAAACAUACAUAUCAGUAGUGUUUCCUGAUUUAAAGGACAGUGGUUUACGGGAAUAAAAAAGACCAGAGUCAUACUUAAAACUUACGACAAAUGAGUAAACGUAACACAGCAAAACACAAAGGCUGACUGCCAAGUAAUGAACAGUUUGUUUUUAAGUUCUUACAGCACAUAAGCUUAAUAUGAGCUGUAUUGUUAAAUCAAAACUUGACUCAGAAGAGGCAGGCAGACAGCCCAUUUUCGUAAACACAAUGCUUUGUCCCUAACUCAAGGGACUAUAAUUAACGUGUAUAAACUGUUAAACUACAAAAUUUGUAAAGGACGAUUAAAGUGUUCUUUCUUGAAUGAUCUAACCUAAGAUCUUACUUCUUAACCAUAUUUUGCAUCAUGGUCAUCAAUGCCUGUGAAAUUUGCACUUGCUGCUCUGUUUGCUUCCGUAGCAGUUCAAUCUGUAGCUCUUGUUGUCUGGCCCUUACUUCCUGCUCCUUUCUUUGCAGUUCUAGCUCCUGUUGGCGAAUGGAAUACUCACUUUGAGCUUUUUCUUUCAAGAAUUCAACCGCAUCACCCCCGCUUCUUCGGCUCUUUUUUGGCGCUGCCAGCAGAUUCAGUUGAUUUUCUUUUCAUGCGUUCCAUGGCUUUCUUUCUGAUUUCUUCAGCUGCCUCUUUAUCAUCUGACUGUUUCUUGUCUUUGGCCGAAAAGCUAUCUUCUCUCUCACAUAACUCUUCUAUUAGCGUAUCUUUCUCAGAUAACUCGCAAUCAAUGCCACUGGCUUGUAGCUCUUCUCGUUGCGUGCGUUUAAACUUGGCCUGAAGCAGAUUCCAUCGGUCUCUGACUCCCCUCUUCUCCUUUAUCAUAAAUUUUGGAUUAUCAAGCUUGUUCAAUCUUUCCUGGAUUGACUCCCAGAUUUUGCCACGGUCUGGACUGCCUUUCUUGCACUGAAAAAAUUCGGUAGCAAUCAUUUCACGCAACAGGAGAAUGUCAUGGUCAUCUGUCCAUUCCAUUACAGGUUGUUUUUUGGUAGCCAUCUUCACGCUAUAGAGCCUAAAAAGUUAAAAAAACAGACCUGUAAUACACGACAAUCGCUCCUACAAUCGCCAAAACGACAGAAUAAAAUUUUACGUAUCACUAAGUGCAAAACAUCGCAGGCAAAAUGAUAUAAAAGCACGAAAAUCAUAAAAGCAAAACUCACGUUUUACAGGCGACGUCAAAAUAAGCAAAACAAAGUCGGCGCAGAGUCGCGACGGCCGACUCUGUCGGCGGGAAACGUGGAUCGGAAGUAAAUUUGACUUCCGGUUGCCGUCGCCCCGUAGAAAACGUCUGGUGCUUAAGUUCCCUAGUACCGCAUGGCAGCGUUGACGUGUGCUGGUAAUACUGCUGCUUCAUCGCAGAAUUACACCGGUUGUACUUUCAAUUUUUUCUCCCAAGAAAACGCGAUGCCUCAGCCACAACCGCAGAAGAAGCGAAGGGCUUAUAUUAUUGAGUCAGACGACGAGGAUUAA